GGGGGGAGUGUAUGGGGUUAAGGAACCUGCCUGCACUGUUCCAAAGACAAACAAGCCUAGUAGCCUUGAUUAAAGUCCAAUGGGUAUCACACACAGACAAAAUACCUUCACGGUAUACUCACCCCAGAGCGCACCCUGCAAAGCCAAAGGACUGCUGUCAUGGAUCUGGUCCACAGCUGGGGGGUCGAGCUGGUGUUGCACCUGCAGACCACAUACAGUAGCUAUGAAGGCCUGUUCAGUCUAGCUUCUACCGUGGCGGACCUGCACACCACCUACUUCUACUUCUUCCCCAUAUGGUUUCAUCUGCGGCGGGAGACAGGGCUCCGGCUCAUCUGGGUCGCUGUCAUCGGGGAUUGGAUCAAUCUGGUCCUCAAAUGGAUCCUUUUUGGAGAAAGGCCAUAUUGGUGGGUUCACGAGACAAACUUCUAUGGGGCAAGAGCAGCCCCUUUGUUGCAGCAGUUCCCGAUUACAUGUGAAACUGGACCAGGAAGUCCCUCAGGUCAUGCGAUGGGUGCCGCAGGGGUCUGGUAUGUGAUGGUGACAGCCAUACUUGCUAUGGCAAAGGACAGACAAUCCACAUGGUCAUUGACUUGUCUGAUGUUGGCUAUCUGUCCUCUCACUGCUUUCUAUGGCAGAGUUCUAAAUGUGGUUCUGUGGGUACUCAUGGGCUUGGUGGCCCUGGUGGUGUGCAUGUCCAGAGUCUACAUGGCUGCCCACUUCCCACAUCAAGUGAUCGCCGGGAUCAUCACAGGCACAUUGGUGGCCGAAGUCCUUUCAAAAGUAAAAUGGAUCUACAACGCCAACUUGAGGAUAUACACAUUGACCACAAUUCUCUUGACCACCUUUGCUGUGGGCUUCUACGUUUUGCUCAAAGCUCUGGGUGUGGACCUUCUGUGGACCCUGCAGAAGGCCCAGAGGUGGUGCGCCAGGGCCGAGUGGGUGCACAUGGACAGCACACCUUUCGCCAGCCUCCUACGGAACAUGGGUAGCCUGUUGGGCCUUGGGCUGGGCUUGCACUCACCGUCUUUGCAUGGCACCUCCAACGCUUUCAAAGCAGGCAGUAUAGUCAUCUCUCUAGCCCUACUUAGGCUCUUGGACUCGUGGACAUUUCCUUCUGAAAAUCUGGUAGCUUUCUACUGCUUGUCCUUUGGUAAGAGCACAGUUGCACUUUUAAUCCCUACCAUGUUGGUCCCGCGAGCUCUCUGCUGGAUGAACUUGAGAGGCAGAGGCAGUAAGAGCUUGUGAUCUGUGGUAUGUUUCAUUUUGGUGCUAGAGUGUUUCAUAUGGACCUUUUUAGGCAAUGAUAGUGUGCUAGAAAUGAAAGAAAAUGUAGUUUUGUAUCUUGUGGAGAGGUAAUGUACAUUUAUUGUUUUUGUAUACACAAAGCAUUCAUGAAGCUGGUUUUAUUUCAAAAUAAGGGUAGAGACUAACUAAAAGCUAGCUGAGUGUCUAGAUGCUACUACAUUUAGUUUCUGGCUUUGGCUUUUUACAAAUGCUUUUAAAUUUUUUUUUUAAUGUUGUGAUUCUUGAAAGGAAACCUCGGACUUAAAGACUUGUAGGCUCUUAUAAGCCACAAUUGUUCUCUUUUACUAAAAUAUGUUAUUAGAAAUACAUGAAAUAUUGCCAUUGAUUUAAAAAUUAAUAAUAUUUAGUACAUGUUUUGACCCAUGGAGGGCGCCAUGUUUGUAUACCUGCAAUGGACGCUCGGGGUGAUAACGUAUAUUGUCACUGUCACUUGACGAAUACAAUUCCUGCAAUUCUUUCUACGCGGCGAGACGUCCAACACAUGCACUCAUCGGUUAAAAGCUGUGAGUACUCACCAUUUGUGUUUUUAUUGAGUCUUACAAUACUUUUCAUUGCCUCAAAAUACUUUUUGCAUGUGUUUCCCCUCUCCUAUUUUUAAGCAUUGUGUUUUCUUGUGGUAGCCUUAAAGCUGAUUGUUCACCUGUUGACCACAUUAGUCACGUAGCAUAUUUAAACCACCUUUAUUUGAUAUUACUAUGUUUAAGUAUUUUCUUAAGGCAUCUUUAGUAUGUUCUGUCUGUAUGCAUCUAAACAAAACAAGCUGAAAGCCCACGGUGUCCAAUUCACCUCAUGUAGAUGUUUCGCCAGUGUAGCACAUUUUGGCAGAACACCGUUUUUUUCCCCCUACUCUCGUCUCAUCCCGUCUUUCCUGUUCGUUUUGUGAAAUAUCGACAGUGCUGUCAUGCUUAUUAAUGUUCCUCUUCGGUUGAAAUUGAAAGGGUUGAACAGAUGACUUUUAUGUCGCUGGGCUCAUACUCUGGAAGCACGGCAGCAAUGUCACCACCAAUGGCGACCUACUAGUUAAACUAAUUUUACAAAUUGUAUAAAAAUCAACAAUUUCAAUAUCAAAUUAUUUGAACUCAUAUUAAUGUUUAUCUUGUAAGAAGUACAAAUUUUUCUAACCUUGGAUCCCUUAAAAUAUAUUCAGAUCAGUUCAAAACAGCAUUAUUGACUUUGUUCUAUUUUUGCAUCCGAGCGAUUAGACUUUUUUUUUGGCUCACUUGUGACUGGCUGGAAUAAGAAGUUCCAGUUAAUUGGUACUUACCAAAUAUGAGCUUCCCGCAAUAGCCGGUGUUUUUCUUCCACAGGCCACCUUGCACUGAUACUGAUUAAUUGUGCAUGUUAAACAUUAACUCAAGCAUGCGUCGCUCAUCAGCCGGCCCACAUAGUGACACAACACACGCCACAGGAUCAAGGAGCACAAUGUGUUGUGGAAGACACGCGUUGCACUAAAAAGUAAAUUAAAUGCAUCAAAGAGUCCAGCUUAUAAACAAUUUUCUAUUUUUGAAAUGCCAACCCACUCUGCAAAAUUACAUCUUUGCAAUUUUGUUCUGUUUAUGGAUUCACUGAAAAAUUCACCUAUUUGUGCUUUCUGUACAGCCGUACUGUAAAUAUUAACUGUACUUUCUAGAGUCUGCUAACUUUUGUCAGGCAUCUGAGGCCACUGAAUCACCUGAUUCAUUUAAGUCCAAGUUGCUUCCAAUAUGCCUACUAAUUCAAUUUAGUCGACCAAAUCAACUGGAUCAAAAAGUCAGUCAAUGUGGGUCAGCAGUUCUACAAAUGAGUCAAAGUAACUCACCCAAUUCAUCUGAAUAAUCAGAGUAUGCUGACUCAAGUCAGUAAACCAGUCUGAGUGCAGUGGCCUUGCAUACACUCAAGCAGCCAGCCAGAAGACUCAUAUCAGUCAUCGCUGAAUAAGUAGAAAGAUUCGGAACAUGAAUGAUCCCUAUGAUGUCAUAACUUACUGCAGCUGAUUGCACAAAACCAAACCUUCACAAGGUGGAAUGAUCAAGUAAACAAUAGUGAAUGGCAUGAAUUAUGACUGUUCAAUGAUUGUGCUACUCUGAAAUUCAAUAUUGUGUAUUUUAAUCCCUCUUAAAAUAAAGGAUUUAUUCCUGAUCACUCGUUUUCUUUUAAGUAUGUUGCAAAUUCUGACAAUAUUUUUUCACGUAGGUAUUUAGUUACCAAUUUUUAUCAUAUGCUCAAUUGUGUAUAGCCACAAACUUGCAUACAUACUGUACACUAGAAACUGCAAUAUCUGGAGAAAUUACAAUGGGGCUUUUCUGUGGUUAAUACAAAUCUUUUAGGUCACUUCUUGUUGACUUGGGGAGACUUCGUAUUGAUAACAGGGUCACUUCCUGUUGAUUUGGGGACACUUCGGAGACACGUCCUGUUGAUAUCAGGUCCCAAAAUGUCAAUAUGCUGUAAUGGUAAGUAGUUAAAAAUGGCAAGAACCUGUUUUCCUGCCAUUAAAAAUGAAUGGGAAAUUUGGACGUACAUGACUGUCAAUGGCAUCCCUUUAGAAAUGAAUGCGACAGUUUUUGCCGAACUUUGGGGGAACCGUACAUUUUUGCCAAAUUCUGUAACUUUUAUGCCCCUUCCUGGAAUUUUUUUUAUGUGUAAGAUCAUUAUGUGUAAAAAAUAAGUAGCGUUUUGAAAAUUUUUUGUUUUGGAAAAAAAAAACGUUUUCGUGUGAACAAAAAAUUUUUGGAGGUCGUUUGAAAAAUUCCCGGCGUAACAUAAAAAUUUCGGUCAUUUUGACAUUUGAAUGGUGACGCUUGGUCAAACGGUUUGGGCUUUGCGCUGCGCCGAAGAAACGCCAUUCCGUAGACUUCAAAAAUCUAAUAAAUAAAAUGUUAUGAAGUCUAUGGUCAUUCAAAAAAAAAAAAAAAAAAAAAACAUACAACAUGUCAACUGUCAAUAUUUUGUGUGGCCACCACUAUUAUCCAGAACUGCCUUUACUCUCCUGGGCAUGGAGUUGACCAGAGCGUCACGGGUUGCCAUUGGAAUGCUCUUCCACUCCUCCAUGACGACGUUGCGGAGCUGCCGGAUAUUUGAGACUGUUUGCACCUCCACCUUUCACUUGAUGAUCCCCCAAAGAUGUUCUAUUGGGUUCAAGUCUGGAGACAUGCUUGGCCAGGCCAUCACCUUUACCCUCAGCCUCUUCAGUAAAGCAAUGGUCAUCUUGGAGGUGUGUUUGGGGUCAUUGUCAUGCUGGAACACCGCCCUGCGACUCAGUUUCUGGAGGGAGGGGAUCAUGCUCUGCUGCAGUACUUCACAGUACAUGUUGGAGUUCAUGUUUCCCCUCAAUGGAAUGUAACUCUCCAACACCUGCAGCACUCAUGCAGCCCCAGACCAUGACAUUCCCACCACCAUCAUGCUUGACUGUAGGCAUGACACACUUGUCUUUAUACUCCUCACCUGGUCGCCGCCACACAUGCUUGAGACCAUCGGAAUCUAUCGGACCAUAGGACAUGGUUCCAGUAAUCCAUGCGCUUUGUUGAAAUUUACAGUAUUUAGCAAACUGUUUGCGGGCUUUCUUCUGUACCGUCUUCAGAAGAGGCUUCCUCCUGGGGUGACAGCCAUGCACACCAAUUUGAUGUAGAGUGCGGCGUAUGGUCUGAGCACUAACAGGUUCUUCACCUCUUCAAUCUCUGCAGCAAUGCUGACAGCACUCCUGCAACGAUCUUUCAAAGAAAACAUUUGGAUGUGACGCUCAGCACGUGCGCUCAGCUUCUAUGGGCGACCAACCCGAGGCCUGUUCUGAGAGGACCCUGCUCUUUUAAAACGCUGGAUGAUCUUAGUCACUGUGCUGCAGCUCAGUUUGAGGGUUUGGCAAUCUUCUUGUAGCCUUGGCCAUCUUCAUGUAGCACAACAAUACGUCUUUUAAGAUCCUCAGAGAGUUCUUUGCCAUGUUGUGCCAUGUUGGAACUUUCAGUGACCAGUAUGAGAGCGUGUGAGAGCUGCACUACAAAUUUGAACACACCUGCUCCCUAUUUACACCUGGACCUAGUAACACUAACAAGUCACAUGACAUUUUGGAGGGAAAAUGACAAGCAGUACUCAAUUUGGACAUUUAAGGAUGUAGUUUCUAAGGGGUGUACUCACUUUUGUUACCAGGGGUUUAGAUAUUAAUGGUUAUAUUUUGAGUUAUUUUGAGGGGAAAAUAAAUUAACUCUAUUAUAUAAUCUGCAGAGAGACUACUUUUCAUCAUGUCAAAGUGUCUUUUUGUCAGUGUUGUCCCAUGAAAAGAUAUACUUAAAUAUCUGCAGAAAUGCAAGGGGUGUACUCACUUUUGUAAUACUGUAUUUGACAGUUUAUGUGGGUAUAGCAUGUAGUGGGACAAGGUCCGUGAAGAAAAUCACGUGUAUGACAUAAUAACCUUGUGACAUUUUCUCUCCGGUGUAUGAUCUCAAGCCUUCAUUACAGCAAUCUUAUCUGUAAGCUUCGUCUUAAGUCUCGUAAUAAUUUACGUUAACAUAUCGCAGCAAUACCCCUGCGAGAGGGAGGCCCGCAAGCAACGAGUGCUAAUAACUGGCGAGCGUUGACAAGGUUGCACAACUUGUUUUUUUUAGAUUACUUGUUUUGUACGCAUGUUAUCUUAUCUCGGUGAAAACAACAUGAGUCCAAUGUAUUCAUGCUCAAAACAAUUGUCCAAUGUCAACCAGAAGUCCUUAGAAAGAUGCUGAUCUUCUCUGUUUUUAAUUUGUAUGUUCACAACUAGGUGGAUGAGUUCAACGGCGUGGGAAGUCCUCGUCAAAAUGUAUUGUCUUUGUCAAAAGAAGCCGCACCUCAUUUUUUUCCUACAAAUACUAAAAUUAUCUAAAAAGAAUAGCUUAGCAUUUUGUAUAAUUUUUGUAUUUUAUCCACAAAAAAGAUCAUUUUUAGGGGAGUAGAAAAGUCAUUUUCUAGAAGUCAAUAUUAGGGGGGAGAAACUUUUUUUUUUAAUAUAUAUAUAUAUAUAUAUAUAUAACACAGGGUUUUUGGGAAAGAAAUGUAUAGAAAAAGUCAUAUUUUGUCAAACAAGGGCAGAAUUUGCAUGUAUUUAUUCAUAAAGAUGGGAGGUUGAGUACUCAGGACUUUUUAAUAUUGCAAGUUAUAUUUUUUCCAGAAAUAUGAACUAGAAUGAGUAUUUUUAGACAUGUAAAACAGUACAGUAUAGCCUACUAAUAAAUUAUAUUUACCCAAAAAUUUAAUCUCUGAGAUUUAACAUUUAUAAAUGAUGUACAUUUAUUGUCCUAUUCCUAUAUAAAGGACUAAGAAAUGUCAAUUUGGUACAUUUUUGUUUUGUGAAAUUAAUACAUAUGUUCCACAAUAACUUUAAAAGGUUUAAAAUUUACCUGUGUAUAUAUACAAUAUAUUUUUUUAAACAUGCGCUCGCAUUUUGAAAGUGCCUUUGAGAGCUCCUUGUUAAGAACCUAAACAUCAACAUGACUACUGCAUGUAUAAAAGUUAAUAUAUUUGAUGACAACAGAAAACCUAAACAUCAGUAGUUUGCCCCUUUUUAUAAAUAUAUAAAGUCAUGUGAAAAAAUGUGGACACCCCAUUAAAUAUUCUGUUCUUCAUUAAGAAAUGUUCACAUAUCAAUGUCUGAUCUGGUUUUUAUCUCUGGAAGAGACAGUAAUUUAAUUGCAAGUAAACAACAAAAAUUAACAUAUUUGGUUUAAUGAGUAAAACAAUAUAAACAAAAAUGCAUAUUCUAACUGAGGAAAAAGUUAGGACACCUGACCACCUAAUAGCUAGUGUUACCCCCUUUGGCUGAAAUAAUUUCAGUCAGACGCUUUUUGUAACCCUCUACCAGUCUUUUGACAUCGGUCUGAAGAAAGUUUUUCCCACUGAACGCAGAAUACUUUCAGCUGUAAGAUGUUUGAGGGGUUUCUUGCAGGUACAGCUCAUUUCAAGUUACCCCACAGCAUCUCAAUGGAAUUAAAAUCUGGGUUUUGACUCGGCCCUUCCAGGACUCUCCAUUUCUCUUCAGCCAGUCCUUGGUGGAUUUACUGGUAUGUUUUGGGUCAUUGUCAUCUUGCAGGAUCCAGUUUCGCUUCAGCUUUAAUUUUUUUCACAGAUUAUCUCACAAUUUCCUCAAGUACCCUCUGAUAUAUGAAAGUAUUCAUGGCAGAUUCGAUGAUGGUGAGCUGGCCAGGUCCUCCUGCAGGAAAGCACCCCCAAACCAUGACACUUCCACCUCCAUGCUUCAACGUUGGUAUGAGGUACUUUUCCUGCAAUGCUGUAUUGGGUUCACGCCAAACAUGUCCUCUGUUCUGGUGUCCAAAUAAUUCAAUUUUACUGCUUUCAUCUGUCCAAAGAACAUUAUUCCAGAAAUCCUGGUCUUUGUCUACAUUCACUCUGGCAAACUUCAGUCGGGCCUUCAUGUUCCUCUUGGAGAGCAAAGGUUUUCUCCUUACACACCUCCCAUGAAGGUUAAACUUUGUGAAGUCUUUUUCUGAUUGUAGAGGCAUGCACUUUCACAUCAAACGUAGGAAGAGGUAGGUCCCGUGAUGACAUUUUAGGGUUUUUGGAGACUUCUUUUAGCAUCUUGCGGUCUGGUCUCGGGGUGAAUUUGCUCAGCUGGCCAUACCAGGGCAUGUUGGCAGUUGUUUUGAAUGUCCUCCACAUGUAGACUGUUUUCCGGACAGUCGAAUGGCUGAUUUUAUAGUCUUUUGAAAUCUCUUACCAGACUCAUUUUUUAUUCUUUCUGAAGGCCUCAGAGAGCUCCUUUGGUCUCACCAUGGUGUUUUCUCUCACUUCAACAGUGAGGGGCACACCAAACUAAAAGUGAGGUUUGAAUAAGGCAAGCCUCCUUCAAAACGCUGGGUAAUGAUGUUCUGAUCAUGUGCACCUGAUGUGAUCCCCUGUGUGAUUUUUACCCAUUUUAAGAAGGAUUGAAUGUGGGGGUGUCCUAAUUUAUUCCCCAUCAGAAAUUGCAUUUUACAGAGAGUUAUAAAAAAACCCAAUUCUUUUUCAGUUGUAAUUGUUUAUUUCUAUUACUUGAAUCUCUCAAGAUAGUUAAAAUUGAUAGUAAAUAUCCAUAUGACCAAAUAUUUUAGAAAGCACACAGGCUUCCAUAGGGUGUCCCAAUUUUUUCACAUGAUCUAUAUACAUAUACAUAUAUAUACAUAUACAUAUAUAUAUAUAUACAUAUACAUAUAUAUAUAUAUAUAUAUAUACAAGGCUGAAAAAGCAGUUUCUGGUCUCGCACCAGUCUUUAAAAUAAAUUGCUGUAUUUUAAGCAGAUAGAACAAUAUGUCUAUAUGCUGCCAUUGCAGAUUCAUGGCGCAUUAAGUCCCUGAACUAUUUAUAAUUGGUCCGUUUUACCCUGGAAACCCUGGUUUACAGACGUCGUGCAACCGCUUUUGUUUCAACCUACCCAUAAAAAUUUAAGUAGUCGUAUUUAUUAUUCGAAAUGUCUGUCAUUUUUAGCUUUGAAUCAUUAACUGUCACAUAUUUCCUGCCUGUUCUAUUUGCACUUUAUCUCCUACCUUUAGGAUCAAUUAUAAAACAUAAUAUCUCUUCAUUUUUAUGCUGACGACCUGCAGCUGUAUCUGCCCUAGACCCAACGAACAAACUGCUCUCACUAAAUUGAUGGAGUGCAUAUCCAAUGUGAAGCAGUGGCUAGCAUGAAACUUCUUACAUCUUAACGAGAGCAAAACGGAAUAUUACUUUUGGCACACCUUCCAUGAUGAAUGCCCUUGAGCCAAACACUGGCGGCCUGGCUCCCUUUUUUAAGACAUGUUAAAAACCUCGGAGUGAUAUUUGAUAACAGGCUCAACUUUGAAAAACAGAUUAGUUCUGUUGUAAGAGCAAGUUUUUUCCAGCUCCGUCUCUUGGCCAAAGGGAAGCCUUUUCUUAGUCGCCACGACCUUGAAAAAGCAAUUCACGCUUUUAUUAGCUCAAGGCUGGACUACUGCAAUGCACUUUAUGUUGGUCUUCCCAAGUCCUCGAUUUCUCGUCUUCAUCUUGUUCAAAAUGCUGCUGCUCAUUUUUUAACUUGUACGCAUAGACUUGAGCAUAUUACCCCCUUGCUUUCAUUGCUCCACUGACUUCCAGUCCCUUUUAGAAAUGAUUUCAAACUUUUACUGUUUGUUUUUAAUUCUAUUAAUGGCCAGGCUCUUUCCUAUUUAUCGGAAAUUUUAACCCUCCCCAACUCUGGCAGGGCUCUUCGUUCUACCUAUCUUCUUUUGCAAAUUCCGAGGUCAAGACUUAAGCGGUGGGGGGACUAAUCUUUUGCAGUUGCUCCCCCCAGGUUAUGGAAUGGCCUACCCCCUGAAAUCCGUACCAUUACCAAUUUAGGCCUUUUUAAAUCUCGUUUUUAAAAACACACUUUUUUACUUUUUUUCUCCUGACUAGGGUAGCCUGGUUUUAUUUCUUCAGGGUUUUAAUGUUUUCGGAUUCUGCUUUAUUUUUUAAUUUGCUGUUUUGACUUUUAUCCUGAUGCAUUGUUUUGUUUUUCUUCAUGUCAUAGUAUAGUACCUUCCUUCCUUUUAUCUUUCAUGAACCAUAUUUGUCUUUGUUGUAAAGCACUUUGAGGGCCUGUCAGGUUUUUGUAAAGGACUAUAGAAAUAACUUUGAUCAUAUUUCGUUUGAAAAGACUUUUAAAAAAUUAUUCACUCGCAUAUUUUAAACUUUUAAACAAAUUACGUCACAAUGAAAAAAUUAGCGUCUUUAAAACAAAGUCACGGAUAUCUACCUCAUAACUAUCGCUUAAUCGCUUAUUAGAUAGUCGCAUUUUCUCCAAUAUGUUAGAUAAUCGAUCGAAAAAGAAAAAAAAAAGUUUAAAAGGGGGAAAUAUAUGAAAAUCUCGACCACUCCUUGAUGUCUGCGAUUUCUGCAUUGCGAUCCUUGUUAUAUUACCAUGUUUCACCCAUAAAAUCCCCCCAAAAUCCGGCUGUGGCAAUUCAAAGGUGUGUCUUGACACUCGGUGAUACAUGCUACAUGGAGUUUUUGGAUCGAAAAGAGGCAAGUACGUGACAUCUCGUUAAAAUCAUGGCUCUCACCUCCAGUUAGGGUUUUGCUGUUUACAAUGUUAAUUUUUCUACCCCCAGAAAAUUGAGAUUUUAAGCUUUCCAAUAAUGCAUCACACAUGCAUAUAGGACAAUUUUGAAAUUUGGCCAAAUUGGGGUCUCAGAGCGGAACUUCAAGUCACCCGAGUGUUUUCCGAAGAUACCAUCCUAAACAUAAGAUCCCCAGGAGUUUUCUGUCCCAACCCAUCAGUAAAGAAUGUUCCAGCGUAUCAAUACGCACCAGUGACACCUUGAGGCCAUAAACUGCAACACAGUUAAUGGAAAUAAAAAACUCACAUUUCUUAAAAAAAGUUUUAUUCUAUAGAAUCAAUAUUUUUAUGAGGUGAUUUUUGUGAAUCUAUAAGCUGACUGUACAGCAUAAAACUUUCCUUGUCAACCAUUCUUCUGGCAAAGAACACAAAAGUUGCUCUGGAAACGGCUUACAAGCUCUAUAAAUGAAAUCACUGUCAAAUUAAAAAAGUACGCACUUGCUGAGAAUACGACUUCCCGAGCAUUUAAUGUCUUUAAAACAGGAAAAAAAAAAAAAGUCUUACAAUUAAAAAAAAAAACCGUGUGAAGUCUUCAUCUUGGUAUGAUGUAUGUAUAGGGAUUGUUUGAUUGUACUGAAAUGACGGAUCGUGCAAACUGGAUGGUUUUUGGCGGCUCUCAGUACAAGGCUUCAGCGUUACUGCUUCGAGGCCUCUUAAUCUUCUCAAUGUUCUUUAGGAUCAUAUCGUGUAGCGCCACCUGCAGAUGAAAACGAGGCAUAAGCUUGUGCAAGUUGCAUUAAAACCCAGAGAUUGUCGCUCCCGAAACACGUACGUAUUGAUUUCGGAGUUCCGAUACAAUUAUCUUCAGACUGAUGUAUUCCUUUUCGUCAAUCUCUGUUACUGUGCGCCGAUAGUCCUCCUAACAGACAACAUUAUUAAUUUUUUUUUUUUUUUGCUUAUUUCUUAGUCUUGUAUGACAAAAACGUAAAAAAGUUAUGGGCUCACCACAUGAGGGUAUUUUGCUAUUUUUGAAACCAGCUUUGCUCGAGUGAUGUAAUAUCUGCAACAAGAUGAACAUACAACUGCAUUAACCAGUUUUAACCUGUAUAUCAAGAGUAAUCUCAUGUUGAACACUGAUCGGGCUGACCUUGAUAUCUGGUCCAGGUAAGAGGCUGCCUCGCCUUCCACUGUCCUGAGCUCAGCCACUGUCUCCUCCUGGAUGGACACUCCAAAGUUGUUGCCAUCUUCUAUCCUGGGAAUCAGCAGCUGCACCCACAUUUUUACCUGAGCGGCAAGAAAACACGAAACUUACAGACUGAUUCUCAAAAAUGUCCCACAAGUGCUUCCAGUCAAACGACGCUCACCGUGUUGCAUUUCUCUAUAAGCGUCCGGAUCUCCGGUUUGACCUUUUCGAUGAGUUCCACCAGGUUGUUGUUACUCUGCAUCAUCCCACCAGGCAUGACGAAGACUUUUGUGCCGGUCACUGAGCGGGAAAAGGAAUUAAUAUGAGGGGCCCUAGUCUUCCCCUGAGAGAAAAAAGCCAAUGACAGGCGGCAGCUCACCCUUAGCCUCUGUAGCUCCAUCCUCCAGCUUUCUCUUUUUGGCAUUUUGCUGCAAAAAAAAAAAAAAAAACAA